GCUGCUGUCCCGAUCUGUCUUUACGUUCGCUCCGCCUUGCUCCUGCGGUAAGGGUCGCUGUACUAAGGAGGCGCUGGGAACCCACAGUAGAGCGCUGCGCUCCCGACCGCCAGGAAAUGGUGAGUGAGCGGGGCGCGUCUGGAGCCCGGGCCCGCUGCGUGGAACUGGCAGGACUGGCGCGGCUGGAACCUGAAACGGAACUGUUGACAUUCAGGGACGUGGCCAUUGAUUUCUCUGAAGAGGAAUGGGAAUGCCUGGAGCCUGCUCAGCGGAAUUUAUACAGAGAUGUGAUGCUGGAGACCUACAGAAACCUGGUCUUCCUGGGCUUCUGUCUCCAGUCCUGGGGUCUCGCUGGCUUUGUCCUGCAGGUGCUGGAGAUCCCUGGUGGCCGCCUGACUCCCGAGCGCAAGGAAAUGGCGGAGCUGUACCCUCUGAGCCGAGCUUCUGCCCUCUAUGUGCUGAAGAAAUCCCUGUACGGUGGCUCCUGGGAGUCUCUCAAUCCUACACGCCCCCGGAGAGAUUCCCGAGGUUUCCUGGCUGCUUGUAUCUGGAGGGGGUGGGAGUCACACACCUGCUAACGUGGAUUCCGCUGGGAAGGAAUUCUGUCGGCGGAACUCUGGUGAUGUUACCACUCUGCUAUGGUGGGCCCCAGGCUCCUUGCCGGAGUGUCCGAAGGGAGGGGUGGGACUGGUCUGUCUCUGGUUGGUUUCAGCUCCCAGUUCACUAUUUCAUGAAGGCUUGGCGAGAGACCUCUUCCUAGAGUCCCUGCACUGCUCCUGCUGUGCUGCGCCCCGGAGGCUAUCCGCGGAGGCUAUCCGCCCUGACGCGGGGGCCGCGUGCAGGCAGCCGACAGUCGCCUAGUCGCGCGGGCAGUGGCUGGCGGGUCUGGACCUCUGCGCUGCGUGGCGGAGAUUCACUCAUCUAGCGCAGACUGUCACCUCCAAAAAUCCUACCGAUUCCAGGCCGGUCUCUCUUUAGUGGAAUUUUGCUAGGAGUUUCUCAGCAGGUCGAAUCUAAGCGUAUCCAUGCGUCUCUCUGACCCCGUUGUUGAGGAGGUACUGAAAGCGCUGCCUCCCCUCUCGCCGCCAUGUUGGAUCCCCCUCCAGAGUUCUUUCAAUUUCAUUUGUUUUUUAAAGCAGCAACAUUUGAUAUUAGUAAUACUCUGUGUUAUGUUUAUUUUCAAAUUUUGCUCUUUUGCUUAGGAUUUUCUUUACUGUUAUUUUCACAAAAUUUGCUUUUUCCAAAUUACUGAGCCUGAUUACUUGCUAAUAAAUUCUUUGUCCUUUUAUAGUU